AGUCUAGCCGAUCUGUCAAACAGACAAACACCUAUCGGAGGACCAUAGGCUGCGUUCAGGAAAAAAUUGAUAAACGUAUACCAUAGAGAUAACACAAGGGUAGACGGGCCAUUCCUUGUCUACGUCCUUAUGUUUAUGGUGCAAAACACUGUAGCAGGACCAAAAGGUUAUUCGCGUUCACUGAACAACUGACGUCGUAAACCACACCCUCGGCUGUCGUGCUGCUUAGCUCCGGGCUGUACGUCGUGUGUUGUUAUGGGCCGGGAGGAGGAGGAGGUCUGCUGUCAGUGAAGAUGGAGGAGGCUGAGGGAGAGCGAGAGGAGCGGGAGCCGAGCCGCCUGUUGUUGGACAAUACAGCGGAUUUUGCCUCGACCUUUCACCAACUUUUGGCGAAUUAUGUCCCCAGUUUAUACACAAAUGGCUUCCAUCCCCAAGUGGAGAAUCAGGAGCAGUUAUUUCAGGGAGGUAUCCUGACACCCAUAGAAUGGUACCUGUUUGGAGAAGACCCCAAUGCCUUCAUGGAGAAACUACGUGAGAGUGAAGCGCCUCCUCUAUGCGGGAAGGUGUUUCACGGCGGAGAGACCACCUACUCUUGCAGGGAUUGUGCCAUUGAUCCAACUUGUGUUCUUUGCAUGGACUGCUUUCAGAACAGUAUUCACAAAAAUCACCGGUACAAGAUGCACUCCUCAAUGGGAGGGGGUUUCUGUGAUUGUGGUGACACAGAAGCCUGGAAGUCUGGUCCCUACUGCAAAAUCCACGAACCAGGUGCUUCAGAUCAGGAUACUGGAUUUCAAUUAACCGAAGAGCUUUUAUCCCAGACUAGGAAAGUAUUUCCCGUUGUCAUACAGUAUAUUACAGACAUGCUGAUCUGGGGAGAACAGAAGAGUCUGCCGGCCUAUCUGAAGACAGGCAGCCCAGACAAGUCGGAGCAUUACUACUGUGUCCUGUACAGUGACGAGCACCACUCCAAUGAUCAUUUCUUCUACAGUCUGCAAAGAUCCCUGGGCUGUGACAUGAAAGAGGCCCAAGCAAUAACCAGUGCAGCCGAGCGACAGGGCCGUACGACUGUUAAACAAGGCACUUUAGAAGAAUGUCAAGAAAUUGCUGAAAAGCUCAAGACCUACUCUGAAAAUGUGUCUCUGCGGCCUCUGCAUGUGGAAGUUCUUAGCUUUUUGGUAAUGGCGCAUCAAACAGCUGCUUGCAGUCUUGGGAUCUGGUUGAACAAGCUUUUAGCCUACUCAAGUGACUUUCGUCAGCUUUUCUGUCAAGUGUGUUUGGAGCCACAGACAACCACUGUAAAGCAGUUGUGCCAUGUUAAUUUGUUUAUCCUGUGCGAUGCCAGACUCCAUAAAGGCUUUAGGAAAGUGCUUCAUGAUCUGAUCUUUAGCAGUUUCUUCAUGGAGAUGGAGUACAAGAAAUUAUUCGCCAUUGAGUUUGUGAAGUGUUACAAGAAAGUUCAAAAGGAACACAUGGAUGAUGAGCGAGACAGAAACAUCUCAGUCACUGCUAUUUCGGUGCAGGUGUUCACUGUUCCCACCCUGGCUCGACUGCUCAUUGAAGAACAGAGUGUAAUAAAAGUCAUCACUGAGACUCUACUGGAAGUCCUUCCCGAGUAUCUAGAUCCAGAAAACAAGUUUAAUUUUCAGGGUUAUAGUCAGGAUAGAUUCUGCAGAGUGUACGCCAUCAUCUUUGACCUCAAGUAUAUUCUCAUCAGUAAACCAACUUCAUGGACAGAGAAACUAAGAGAAAAAUUUGUAGAGGGAUUUAACUCCUUAUUACGUGUUUUGUCAUGUAUGCAGGGCAUGGAAGCAAUAAGCAGAAUGAUAGGACAACACGUGGAGAUGGAUUCUGACUGGGAGGCUGCCAUAGCUAUGCAGAUGCAGCUGAAGAACGUAUUGAUGUUAAUCCAGGAGUGGUGUGCCAGCAAUGAAGAUGUAUUGUUGAAGACCUACAAGUAUUGUCAUCAUGGUGUCCUCCGGUGCAUUAAACCAGUCACCUCUCAGCAGAAGACACUUGUAGAGAUGUGCGGUCAUUCCUAUCAGAGUUAUUCAUUUAAAGUCUCCAGGGAUCCUGUCAGCAUACAUCUGCCCCUCUCCCGGAUGUUGGCAGGCCUACAUUCACAAAUGAGUAAAACUGGUGUCAUCGCAAAACUGCCAGAACUUAUUUCUCUUAAUGACUUCCAGGUGGAACUUCUCGUUGAAAGUCCAUUGCGAUGUCUGGUGCUUGCUGGUCAAGUAGCCGCCGAAAUGUGGAAGAGAAAUGGCCUCACCAUCAUUAGCCAGGUUUUUUAUUAUCAGGAUGUCAAAUGCAGAGAAGAGAUGUAUGAUAAAGACAUUUUGAUGCUGCAGAUUGGUGCAUCCUAUAUGGAUCCAAAUAGUUUUCUGCUAAUGGUUCUGGACAGAUAUGAGCUUGUGGAGGCUUUGUCUAGAGUUUCUAUGCCAUCCAAAGAUAUGGACCAGACAAGGCAAUGGAACGCUCUCAUUGAGGAAAUGCUGCAUGUUCUCAUUUGCAUUAUUGGUGAACGGUAUAUGCCAGGAGUCAGCAGUGUUACCAAAGAAGAAUGCAUGAUGAGAGAGAUUAUUCAUCUCCUCUGUAUUGAACCCAUGGCUCACAGUGCCAUUGCCAAAGCCUUGCCAGAUUCUGAGAAUACAGACAUUUGCUUGGAUACUCUUAUUAACAAAGUGGCUACUUUUAAAAAGCCAGGGGUAUCUGGUCAUGGAGUCUAUGAACUGAAGGAUGAAUAUCUUAGUCAGUUCAAUGUGUUUUUCUAUCACUACACAAAGACCCAGCGCAGUAAGGCUGAGCACACGCAGAAAAAAAGGAGGAAACAAGAUAAUAGUUCUGAAGCGCUACCUCCACCACCACCUCCAGAGUUUACACCAGCUUUUCAGAAUGUCCGGAACCUGUUGUACUGCGAUGUGAUGAUGCAUCUUCUCCGAACUAUCCUACAGAGGGCAGCGACAGAGGAUGCAAUAAUGUGGACUGAAGGCAUGAUACAAAUGGCACUUCACAUUAUAGCUCUGGGUUUGAUAGAAGAAAAAUAUCAGCUACAGAAGGCAGCUGAGGAAGAAGUAACAUUUGAUUUCUAUCAUAAGGCAUCACGGAUUGGAAGUGCAGAUGUGAAUUCUUCAAGCCUUGUGACCAUGCUGGAGAAGCUUAAAGGAGUACAACAACUCGAGGCCCAGAAAGAUAUGAUAAGCUGGGUAUGGCAGUUGUUGGAAUCUGUGAAAAGACUUCGUGAGAAAUCUAGUCAGACGGCAAUCGCUAUGUUAUCAGGUGAUGUUGGUAAAGCGGAUGAGGGACAAAAUUCCCAAGACAAAGAAAAAAGAAAACGGAAGGCAGAGGCAGCAAGACUUCACCGCCAGAAGAUCAUGGCACAGAUGUCUGCUAUGCAAAAGAAUUUUAUCGAAACAAACAAACUCUUAUACGACACCGCUCAGGAAGUACAGACGCCUUCCCCUCCCACUGAGGAGACCUUAUUAUUAGUUGCUGGAGGUCCCAAGAUCUCUUUGGGUCCCAAGCGUGGGCCAUCUGUGCCUGAAAAAGAAGUUCUAACAUGCAUCCUUUGCCAGGAGGAGCAAGAAGUGAGACUAGACAGACCUACAAUGGUGCUAACUGCCAGCGUGCAAAAAUCCACCACCCUGUCCCAGUCCCGAGGAAUACCUAUGAUACACUCAGGAGAAACAGUGAAUCCACUAUUUACAAGCCCCGAUUUGUCUUGUGGAACCCAUACCGGAAGCUGUGGUCAUGUGAUGCAUGUGACAUGUUGGCAGAAGUUUUUUGAGGCUAUGCAGUUGAACAUACAACAGCGUCUCCAUGUGGAUCUGAUUUAUGACCUUGGCAGUGGAGAAUAUUUAUGCCCUUUAUGCAAGUGUCGCUGCAACUCUGUUAUUCCUAUCAUCCCAGUUGUGGCAGAACAAGUAAACAGUGCGGAUGCUGAAUCAUUGGGAGAAGUGCUAACAUUGUCUCGCUGGUUGGAUGUUGUUGGGACCAGGAUAUCUGGGUACAAUCUGAAAAUCUCAAAAGAAGAAAAGUCAUUAUCACCUGAAUUUCUUAAAACAGAAGAUGGUCAAAGCUAUGAAUUUAGAUCCAUCUUGAGUUUUGGAGUGCAGCAACCACCAAAGUAUUCUGCUAACACAAAAGAAAUACUGGGCCAUUUUGCCAACACCGUGUACUGCAUAGGCCUGAAUCUCCCACCUAAUGAAAGUGAUCCACGUCUGCCAAUGAUGACCUGGAAUACGUGUGCGUUUACAAUACAGUCUAUAGAGAGUUUACUGAGGGAUGAAAACAAACCUUUGUUUGGUUCCUUGCAGAAUAGGCAGCAUGCUGGUCUUAAAGCCUUAGUGAAAUUUGCUGAAGCACAAAGAGUCACCUGUCCUCAAACUACAAUACAGAGCCAUCUUGUCCAGUUAUUAGCAGUUUUCUUGCCUAAUAUAAAGCUUGAGGGAACGCCAUCCUUCCUGUCUGUGGAUGUGUUCCAUCUUCUGGUGGGAUCAGUUUUGGCCUUUCCCUCUUUAUACUAUGAGGAAGGUGUGGGGCUGCACCCAUCAUCUACAGUCUCUUCAUACAACCAUCUCUACCUCUUCCACCUCCUCACUAUGACCCACAUUCUACAAAUCAUGUUAUCAGCCACAGCCAAUCUUCCGUCUGACAAGCCAAGUGACUGUGAGGAAGCUCAUAGUGCAGCUGCUUUGUGCCAGGACCUUUCACUGCUCAUCGAUGGCUUCAAAGCAGCUGAAGUUCCAGGCUGGUAUAUCUGGGGCUGUGUGAAAAAGGGGAUUGUCCCUUACCUGCGGUGUUCUGCCCUGUUCUUCCACUAUUUUCUGGGAGUGACUCCACCGGAUGAGCUGACGUCUUCAUUGGCCUCAGAAGAUCCGCUGGAAGCUCUGUGUAGCUACCUCUGUCUUCCUACUAACUUGUUUGUCCUUUUUCAAGAGUACUGGGACACUGUGAAACCACUUAUUCAGAGAUGGGGAUCCGACCCAGCUGUUCUAAGUGCCGUCACUGGUAAAUCUAGCACAAUCAGGUACCCAAGGUAUCUUAACACCCUAGCAGAGCUGCCUGAAGAUUACAGCGUUCUGCUCAAUCAAGCGUCCCAUUUCAGGUGCCCAAAAUCCCAGGAUGCUGAACGUAAGCACCCGGUGCUGUGUCUGCUGUGUGGGGCCAUACUGUGCUCUCAGAACACGUGUUGUCAGGAGGUGAUCAAUGGGGAGGAGCUGGGGGCUUGUACUGCACAUGCAUUGCACUGCGGAGCUGGAAUCUGUAUAUUCCUCAAGAUUAGAGAAUGUAAAGUUGUUCUUAUUGAGGGGAAAACAAGAGGUUGCCUGUACCCAGCGCCAUAUCUAGACGAGUAUGGGGAAACUGAUCCUGGUUUAAAACGUGGAAAUCCACUACGACUCUCGCAUGAAAGAUACCGGAAGCUGCACCUCAUGUGGCAACAGCACUGUGUUGUUGAGGAAAUUGCUCGUAGCUUAGAAAUAAGCCAGACAUUUUUUGGCUUCAAUUGGAGUCUUCUUUAAAUGUCUCCACAUAUGCAGUUGGGGCAAGCUUUAAAUGAUAUUCCUACACAUCGUAAUGACUGCAAUGUAUGUGGAUAUAUUUUUUUACUUGGAAAAUCGCAUAAUUAUGUGACGAUUCCCCACACCAACAUAAAGAGAAGCCAAGAUAUGCUGCACUAUUAAACUAUGAUUUAUAUGUUUAUGUUGGGUCACAUUAUAUUAGUCCAACAUUGCCAACUAUACCUGGCUUGAUGAUAUGGUUGGUAAUUUUUCCCUUUGUUUUAAUAAAAAGAAUAAAGUGUAUGUUUUGAAAACAUUAUAUACAAUUUGC